AUGGAUAAAAUAAAUAUUCAUCGGCACGAGCAUCAAUGGCCUGAAAGGAUGUUCCGAACGGCGUCAGUCGAGUCCGGGCCACGGACGCCGCCGGCGUAUGCAUCGCACCCUCCCUACGUACCACCCCGUUUUUUCCCACCCCGAAUAAGGCCUCCACCGCCCCAAUAUUGUUUUGAUGCUGCCCGCUUUGCCUGUGAUGCUUCUAAACCCAGAUACCUCGACGUCGAACGGGAACGACUAGUGACCAGAUGGCUUGCUGAAGCCAAUGAAGCUCUGGUCAGAAGGGAAAGACCAAGGUACAAACCUAAAAGUACAGAAAAAAGGCCAGAUUUCCCUGAAAGAAGACAUGAAUGGUCGGACAACUUUCUGUUAGGACGAAGAAAUGGCUCCGUCGAACCGGAAGAAGAAAGUAGUGAUGUGAUGACGCUUAAAGAGUUUGUCGAUAAGUUUUCUUUGCCUCGUGUAGUGAGGUUUGAGGGAGAAGAUAGGGCUGUGCUUUUGUAUCGAGUGCUGGAAGCGCAUAGGCGUGUUGAAGCUGUUCCCUUGUCAGGGAAGAAAGGAAAAUUGGUUGGAAAACCGCUUUACAUCCCGGAUUCUUAUGAUGGUUGGUUCUCAGCAUGCGGGUGUCGAGGCGGGGCUCUCGCGACGGCUCGGGGCUCCAUCGCUGCGCUACUCCGAAGUAGAGCCUUCGCCCUCGUCUCUCCCCGUGCCAUCUCUGCUUACCGAGCGAGGCCUGCGCCUGAGAGCGGUCGGGUGGGCGCACAAUACGAACGGGCAGCGGCUAGACCUGGAACACCGUUACGACUUGCCGGCGUCUUCGCAGAUGGUAGCAAGGCCAAAGCACCGAAGUACGCACAACUUAUCGACCCACAAGGGAAUGAAUUCUUCGUGCCAAUCAAUACUAAAGGUGAAAUGUACGAGGUGUGCCCCGAAGAGUUAUCGCCAGCGGAGUGGGAUGAAGCUGCACCGUCAGCGCCUGUUCCUCCGGAAAUAUCUUCAAGAGCUCAUCGACUACCGCAUCUUUUGAGCUUGUGGAGACUCCCCACUCGAGUGAGACUACUGGCAGGCACUGUUCCUAUAGAAAUGGCACAUGAUGUCGGAGAGGAUCUUCUGUUACGAGCGGCGAUCACUGAACCUGUAUUAGUGAUGUGCACUCUCCCGGAAUAUAACUCCUUGCCAUCCAGCCCGAGUAAGCAAGUGGAUCCAAGAUACCAUACGAAAGAGACCUUGCAACUGCUUCCGUUAAAUAGCAAUAUUAAAAUUCGAAGAACUCAGCUAGGGUUUGAAAGUGAAAAAAGGAUGUUCCUCUCCGCGCGCCUUCAAAAAGCACUAACCUUCUGUCAAUUGAAUGUUGACAACUGGAUCAGGCAGAUCUCUUACGCAAACUCAACUGUUGCAAGCAAAGCGAAGACAGUGGAGGACCUCAUCAAAGAAGACCACGAACCAGUGAAGUUUGAAAAAGAAAAGAAAUUUACCCUACAAGGCCUAAAAAUAGAUACGUCAAGACUAUUUGGGAAAAGUGAUAAAGUAUUAAAAGAAAUACCAGAUGAAACAGAAGGUUCAAUCAUAUUUUUAAGUAAAAAUGAACUCGAGCAUAUGAACUACGAUGUUUACAGCGAUGAUGAAGGAAAAGAUGAUAAGAGUGAAGAAAAAAAUGAAGCUGAACAAUUUUCUAAUGACAAGAUGCACGUGUUUAGAGAAGAUUCGGGGCCGAAAAAAACUAAAUGGUUUAAAAACCUCAAACUAUUAAAAAGUACGGAAAAAUUGGAUGAUAAAAUAACUGCUAUCGAAAAUAAUGAAAAAUAUAGGGAUGUCAAAGAUCCAUUUGAUCCCUUAGGAGAAAAACAUAGUUCAAUUGAACGUUACCAAGAUAUGGCUAAACUUAUUGAAGAUAGAUUUGGUGUGCUAAGAAAGAAUGACGGGACAGCUGAGAAAAGUCAUUCUUAUAAAAGCCUAACAACAUCAUCGUCUGAUAUGGGUACGAGCCAAUGUAGUUCCAAUCACAAAAAACCAGUGCUAACUAAAUCAGUGUCAGUCCAAACGGGUAUGCCUGAUAGUUCGUACGCGGAAGAAGAAGACAGUGGUAUAAAUAUGAAACAUGGUCGCAAAAAUCUUAGUGUUGACCAAAUUAAUUACUGCGGUUCGAUGGAAAGUGACUCGAGCUCUGGUAGAAAGUUAAAGUCACUUGACGAAAAUAUGCUAAAGAAAUCAUCAGCAACUAAGUCUUCAUCGAAUCUAGAGCGAAGACAAAGAAUUCAACCAGAUUUAAUACCCGAAAAAGCAAUGGUAAAAUCAGAAUCUUAUAACCAAAUUCAAAGCUGCGAAGACAUUAAUAUGUUUGGAGCUGGAUCCUUAUAUAAUGACAGCGAUUUCGAAAUUAAUUAUAAACAACACUCUUUUAUUACUGAAAAGCUGUGUUCUGAGUUUCACGUUAAAACAAAGAGAGUUCUUAGCAAAUCUACAUCUAAUUUACUCCAUCCUAAAAAAUCAAGUGACAGAAAAGAAUCUAGUAAUAGUAAUAGUAUGCCAACCAAAACUGAGCGAUGUAGCGAUAGCGAUAAAUUAGUUAAUUUCAGAAAGAAAAUAGACAAGCCAAGAGCUCCUACACCUAAAUCAGAAGAUGAUUCAACUGCUGUCGACAUAUCAGAAGAACCUCAGAUACAGAAAAAACUAAGACGAUCCAUAUCCUCUAUUCAAAAACGAAAGUUACCUGUGAUUGAAGACUUGCCUUACGGGCAAGUGGCGGACGCAGUUCAUAUAGAAGAGGAAAUAAUAGACACAGAUUCAAGUACAGAUAAUAUAUAUGCUGAAAUAUGCGCCCCAAAUAAUAAACCUAGUGAAGAAGACACUUACGACUACAAUGUCGACGUUUUAGCAACCGAUCCUGUGAUAUGCAACGUAAAAAAAGAAGUGAAUGAUCGCAAUGAUGAAAGAGCAAGGCAAUUGAAUGGAAAUAAGGACAACCCGUUUAGACACAUAGAAGUAGUAGUAAUAGAAAGAAGCGACCUCGAAUUAGACAGUUCAAGCGUAGUAUCUAGUGAGUUAGAUGAAACAGAAAGUAAAAAUGAUGUAUCUAUCAUAGAUUCAUGGGAACGUGAUAACACGAAAAGUGAACCAAAAAUCCACGCUAUUAGAUUAGAAAUAACGAGUAAUAUGGAAGAUUAUCCCGUAGAUAACCAAAACUUGGACACCGAGGUUCAUCUAAGUAAGGAUAACUCGUUAAGUUUUAGUAACAGUAUACAUUUGAAUGGUACAUAUCCCAACGAGGCCAUCUACGAUACUUUAAAG